AUGCACACAAAACAUUCAUUAUAUUUUGCAUGCAUUCUCAUUCUAUUGCUUUCUUUCGUUAUCACUUUUUCGAAAGCAACAAGUUCCUCAUGUAGAUCACCAUCUGAUACAUCUUCAUCAUCUUCUAAACGUACCACCACACUUUCAGCAGCUCAUGUUGAAGAAUUAUUAGAAUCUGAACUCUUAUCUGCUCAUUUAACAUUGUCAACUGAGGAAGAAUUAGAUGAAGAAGAUUUGGAAUAUUUUCAUGAGGUAACUAGUGAACAAGUGAAUACUUUACGUUUUGGUAGAAGAUUCAGAAGAGCCUUUAGAAGACUUAGACGUGUUGUUAGAAGAAUUGGUCGUGCUGUUGGACGUGUGGUUAAAGCAGCUGUCAAACUUGUUAAAAAAUUGACAGGUGUUUUCAGAAGAAGAAAGGCUGCUCAAAUUAUUGCAAAUUCUGUUCAAACUUUCAAUGGAUAUACUGGUCCAACAAAAAGUAAAUUGGAAUCUAGACGUCAAUUUGAUGGUAGUUCGCUAAGUACUGUGACAGGUGCCACUCAAACUCUUAAAUCUGCUUCAAAGGUUGCAAAAUCUACAAAGAGAAAGAGUAAGAAAGCAAAGAAAUCCAUCUUGAAAAAAUUCGGUAAAAGAUUAGGUAAAAGAUUAGCCAAUAGAUUAGUUUCUUCCAUGAACAAAUUAUUGAAGAAAACUAAAAAAACUUCAACAAGUAGCACUAGUAGCAGCACCUCUUCCAAAUGUGUUGCUUGCAGAGUUGACUGUAUGAAGGAAUAUUCAGGCAUUGGAGCUCUCUACACUGGUUGCACCUCUCAAUAUUAUUAUUAUGGAUGUCAAUUGGUUGCUCCAUGUUUGAAGACAUCAACUGCUGACGACGAUGAAAUUGAAGGAAUGGUUGGAAUUUGUGCCUACAGAAAUGGAUGUAAAUUCAAAUCUGAAUGGAGAAGUGUUGGAACAGUUGAUUCAGUAACAAACAAAUUACUCAAAAAGAUUCGAGCUAGUGCUGUAGAUCCAGAGUAA